AUGGUUGUUUCGCUGCUUCGGUGGUACAAUGCCAGAUUGGCUGCUCGCCCCCUGCUCACUCAGAGUGUGACGACGGCCGUGCUAUUUGCAACUGGCGACAUCACUGCUCAGCAGUUGGUCGAGAAGAAGGGCAUCAAGGGCCAUGACUUUACCCGUACGGGACGCAUGGCGCUGUACGGUGGAUGCGUCUUUGGCCCCGUUGCAACCACCUGGUUUGGAUUCCUGGCGCGCAACAUCCGCUUCAGAAACCCCAGAGUCGAGACUCUUGCCCGUGUUGCCUGUGACCAGAGCUUGUUCGCUCCCGUCAUGAUUGGUGUGUUCCUUAGCAGUAUGGCCACCAUGGAGGGUGCCAGCGCCAAAGAGCGCCUCGAGAAGACCUGGUGGCCGGCCUUGAAGACGAACUGGAUGGUGUGGCCGUUUGUUCAGACCAUCAACUUUACGUUCCUGCCGCUCCAACACAGAGUCUUGUUUGCCAAUAUUGUCUCCAUCGGCUGGAACAGCUACCUCAGCUGGGUCAACAGCCAGUAG